GAUUCAGGGAUUAUUAGAUCCUGGGGAGAGUCUGUGUGGCGGGAACUGUACAACAGAGGGGGAACAGUGCACAGCUAAGGUAAACAAGGCCUUUAAUCAAUCAGUGGAUGUUUGAAAGCAGGGAACAGUUGAGAAAACGCAUGAUGUGAAUGUAGGUGGCCUGCAGUUUGUAUAGGAGGUUAUAAGUACAGGAGCUAACUGCCAGGAACACGGAGCAGACCUCAACUGUUGCACGGGCCCAGUCUGAUCCCAUUUGUCAGACCUCGCCUCCUAUUUCUUCUCAUUGACUGCCCUUCUUGUUGCCUCUGCCUGAUCUCUCGAUUUCCUCACCGGAGCCAUGCAUCCCCAGCGUCCUCUUCCCCAGGCCAUGCCCUCCUCUUCUCUGGGACAGCACCUGCGGGACAUGGCCAUGGGUCUGGGACGAGGCAAGAACUUCCUGGGAGGAAACUUUGCCUACGGUGUCAUCCAGUCCGUUAAGGAGUGCCUCUAUUUCCUCCUCUGCUGCUGGUGCAUCAAAGAGAUCCUGGACUGACUGGCUGAAAGAGAGUAGAUCAAGUGGUCAAACAUUGAUUUUCCCCUUUUCUCCAUUGGCUCCUAUAGUGUAAUUUCAACCAGCUUUUAUUUCAUCAGGACUUGAGUGUUUCAUCAGUGGUGCUGGCAAAGCAUUGGCAAUGUCUAUAGGAUGCUUUUCUUGGGUUCCAGGAAACACACUGGCACAUUUCCAGGUGCACAUUGUUCAGUAUGAGACUGGGUCAGAUUUUCCUGAUUUUACCCUUCUGAUCUAAGAUCUUGAGGAAUGGCACCCCUAAUGUUCACUGUACAACACAAACUGGUGUGCAAUGAAUAAAGGAACUAAUCAAUAGAAACAUUA